AUGAGUGUCUACAGCCAUCGUAACUGUCACAAGACACAGGAGUCCCCUGGUUCAGCCAGUGGUUAUAAAAACUACAGAGGAGUCCUCAACUGGUGUGUGGUAAUGCUGGUACUGAGCAACGCGCGCCUCUUCUUAGAAAACCUCUUACGGUACGGUGUUUUGGUCGAUCCUGUUCAGGUGGUUUCCUUGUUUCUGAAUGAUCCCUACAGCUGGCCAGCAGCUUGCCUAGUGAUUGUGUCCAAUGUGUUCAUUCUGGUGGCUCUCUAUACCGAAAGGCAGCUGUCGAAGGGUUCAUUCAGUGAACUUGUGGGAUUUCUGGUCCAUUUCAUUAACAUGGCCGUUCUGCUAACGUUCCCUGCAGCAGUGGUCCUAUUGGUUCCCUCCAUGACCUCAGUUGGUGGUUUAUUCGUACUUGGUACUUACACCAUUAUCUUACUUAAACUGUACUCCUAUAAGGAUGUCAACUUGUGGUGCAGAGAGCUGAGCACUAUGAAGGCAAAGAAACUGUCCAGGUCACUGUCUUGCCCGUCAGAACAGCGUUUCUAUGAAGGUGAACGCAAAGUGUGCUAUCCUGGCAACCUCACCCUCCGAGACAUGUACUACUUCAUCUUUGCGCCAACUCUGUGCUAUGAGCUCAACUUCCCCCGCUCUCCAAACAUUCGCAUGAGCUUCCUGCUAAGGAGACUCUUUGAGAUGCUUUUUUUCACCCAGCUGUUAGUUGGACUCACUCAGCAGUGGAUGAUUCCCAUCAUUCAGAGCUCAAUGAAACCACUAGAGGACAUGGAUCUGUCCAGGAUGACUGAGAGACUCCUGCGACUGGCUGUUCCUAAUCACUUGCUUUGGCUGAUGUUUUUCUAUUGGUUCUUCCACUCAUCUUUGAACUUCACAGCUGAGCUGCUGCGCUUUGGUGACAGACAGUUUUACAAAGACUGGUGGAAUUCGGAGUCGGUGACAUAUUUCUGGCAGAACUGGAACAUCCCAGUGCACAAGUGGUGUCUACGCCACUUUUACAAGCCGCUUCUGAGGAGAGGAUUCAGCAAAAUGUUCAGCCAAUCAGCUGUCUUCUUCUUGUCAGCCUUUUUCCAUGAGUACUUAGUGAGUGUUCCCCUCAGGAUGUUCAGGUUAUGGGCUUUUAUGGGCAUGAUGGCACAGCUUCCGUUAGCCUGGUUCGUUGGCUGUUUCCUGCGUGGUAACUACGGCAACGCUGCAGUUUGGAUUUCCAUCAUUAUCGGUCAGCCGUUUGCUGUCCUCAUGUACGUCCACGACUACUAUGUCAUUCACUACAGACAGGAGGGAGACUAAUACACAUGUAUAUUCACACAACUUGCAACACAUCUUUCUUACUCAAGUGUAAAUACCACUAAACUAAAGCACUGGUAACACAUAUUGUCCGCUACUCCUACAUGUCAG